AUGCAACAUCUUGCAGCAUUUUUGCGCAAGUUCUUCCGUGACAAACUCGGCUUUAACUUGACCGAUAACCUCGUCCAGCUCAAAUCUCACAAUCUCGCCAAUUCUGCCAUGCCUUACAUUUAACAAAAUUGUGGGUAAUAUUUCUGCGAAAGAUAUCAAAGAAGUAGGGGUAUUGGUGCUUACCGCAUUCCUUAUAUUUGCCACGGGAGGAGUUUGUGCAUACCUCACCAAGUGGAUUACGAAUUCGUGGAAACUUCUACUAAAGCUGGCUUCAAUGUGAAAAACUUGUUCAGAAAAAUUGCGAAGACUCUCCCAGAAUUUCAGAAAACCGAUACCAUCACUCUGGGUGUUGGUUUGCUGGUUGGUGGAGUGUGUGCUUGGGGGGAGAAGAGAGAGGCAGAGGGAAAACGGGAACGGCUGGGAAAGCGCGCUGUUUAUAUAGGAUUUUGCGCCGCUGGCGAUUGCGGUGCGCGCGGAGGGGCCUUACGCAAUGGGAGCGCGGGCGCCAUACGCAAUGGGACCACCGAGGGCGGUGGGGCCACUUUGAGGCGGGCGCCUGGCGUGACGGGGGGCGAAGGCGGGCGGUGGGGCGAGAAAAAAAGAGCGCGCGAGGAAAAACGAGAGGGCGCGCACUUCCGACGAAGGAGGGGAAGCCGGGGGAAGCCGGGGGAAGCGGGAGGAAGCCGGGGACGCUCUUGGACAACCACACGGCAACGCACUCGAGAUCGAAGCGGUGGCCGCAGUGAGGUAACUCAACGACCAAAGGAUAUUUAUCUUCGUUAUAAUUGCAACAGCAAAUACUACAAGCCUCUUGUUCACCGAUCUUUUUUCGAUCUACGCGAGGCAGCGAGUCUACAUAAUGCUCUGGGCAUCCUUCUUUUUGUUCCUGUAAGAGCUCUUCUUGCAUGGAUUCUGGAAUUAUGCGUUCGAUUUCAGCCGUCAAUUCAUGUACAGAUGGAGCGUAAAUUGGCAGUUUGUUGACCAAGAGGUGUUCGAAGAUCUGUGGUUCCACCGCACGCUAUUAGGAAGUCAAGUCACCAUUCUUGUCUUGCUUGUAUUAACGCGGUUCUUUUCUGAUGCUUGUGAAAUAAAGGCUUCUUUAAGGGCCCUAAGACACCCAAUCACGCCCGUUUUAAGCUCAUAUGGCAAAUUGACGACACGCGAGGUUGGCUAA